AUGGCCUCACAACAAAGUCUCUUCUUGUUUUCAUUCUUCAUUAUAAUUCAACUGCUACUAGCAUCAGCUAACUGUCCCCCUUCAAUUAACUGUGGACAUCUCGGACAAAUCCAGUUUCCUUUUACAACCCCACAACACCCAAACUGUGGCAUGUUAACCAUACACGGUUGCGAUGACCCCGAACCACAAUCCACAAAAAGCAUUCAAAAUAACAAUAGAUGGUUCGAUAUACUCGAAAUCGAACCCUUCACAAUCACAAUUCGAGAUGACCAACUCCACGAUUUAUUGCAACAGAAAAGCUGCAACAUUCUCAACUUCAAUUCUAUGUUUACUGUCAACACGCCUUUGGUUUCAUCUCGUUUACAAAAUUAUGUAACCGUUUUCGGAUGUAGCAACAUGAACAACACAGCUGAUCUUCAACAGUACUAUUCUUCUGUUUCUGAUAAUACUUCAAUUUGUGUAAACCCGUAUGCCAGUAAUGAAACUAUUGUGGUUGUAACUGAUUCCACCACUUUCAACUCUAGUCAUCUCAAAGGAUGUUCAAAGGUGGAGCUUCCAACUAAAUAUGAAGUUCCACGUGUUGAUCCAGAAGAUCUUUUUUACUUCUUAAUUGCUGAUGUUGCAAUCAAAUUACAAGUUUCUCAAGAUUGUUCUACUUGUCAUGAUCUUGAUGGCGGUCAAUGUCGUCUUGAUACCAAAGGCCAAUUUUACUGUCACCAAGGUACCACCGCAAUUUUCAAUUUACAAAUUUAA